GCACUGUGGGAAUUUCUCCUCACGCAGUAUGAGUGAGUGGGUGGGUGGCUGGGUAAAGGCAUUGUGUCCGGCAAUGCUGCAAAAUGAACUCGCCGAUGCGUGCUGAGUUCCAGACAUUGAGCUGUGCGCCAGGCGCUCACUUCAACGCGCUUUUCCGUCACUGCUGACGCGUCGCGCGCAGCACACUGUGGCUACGUUGCGAUGUGAAUGAGCGUGGCCGUCCUUUUUUUUUUGUUUGUUUGUUUUUUUGACGUGAGGCUGCGCACAUGGAAAUCCCAGCCAAGUAUCUGUCGUCGGUGCAAGGGACUGACCUCGCACCGGUGCCGCUCAGGGAGACCAUGUGGAACGGCACAGAGUCCGAGGCGACCAGCGACGGCGAGAGGGACGGCGUGGUUUUGCGCACCGUGACAGGGUGUUUGCUUUUCCUCCUCAUCUUGUGGACCCUGCUGGGGAACAUAUUGGUGUGCUCCGCGGUUUUGCGCUCACGCCACCUGCGGACAAAAGUGACCAACAUCUUUAUUGUGUCCCUGGCUCUGUCGGAUUUGUUCGUGGCUGUGCUGGUGAUGCCCUGGAAGGCUGUGGCGGAGGUGGCAGGAUACUGGCCGUUUGGCACUUUCUGCAAUAUCUGGGUGGCUUUUGACAUCAUGUGCUCCACCGCCUCCAUCCUUAACCUUUGCAUCAUCAGCGUGGACAGAUACUGGGCCAUCUCGAGUCCAUUUCGCUACGAGAGGAAAAUGACUCAGAGUGUUGCGUUCGUCAUGAUUAGCAUCACUUGGACGUUGUCGCUGCUCAUUUCAUUCAUACCGGUCCAGCUCAACUGGCACAAAGCCAGCGGGGGCGUGGCCAGGACUGGCAACGCCUCUGUAGGUCGCCUGCAGACGGAGGAGAACUGUGACUCCAGCCUGAGCCGAGAAUACGCCAUCUCCUCGUCUUUGAUUAGUUUCUACAUCCCUGUGGCAAUUAUGAUUGUGACUUACACGCGAAUAUACCGGAUUGCCCAAAUCCAAAUUCGGAGAAUAGCUUCUCUGGAGAGAGCUGCGGAACACGCGCAAAGUUGUCGGACGAACAGAUUCGAGUGCCAACACCACAACACUUUAAAAACCUCCAUUAAGCGAGAAACCAAAGUGUUGAAAACUCUUUCGGUGAUUAUGGGUGUCUUUGUGUGCUGCUGGUUGCCCUUCUUCGUCCUCAACUGCAUGGUUCCCUUCUGCGACAAGGUGCCCUCAGACCAAAACGCGGGCCUGCCAUGUGUCAGCGAGACCACCUUUGACGUAUUCGUGUGGUUCGGCUGGACCAACUCAUCUUUGAACCCCAUCAUUUACGCAUUCAACGCCGAGUUCAGGAAAGCUUUCGCCAACUUGUUGGGCUGUCGCCACUUCUGCUCCAGCACGCCCGUAGAAAUUGUGAACAUCAGCAACGAGCUGGUCUCCUACAACCAAGACACCACGUUCCACAAGGAGAUCGCCAACGCCUAUGUCAACAUGAUCCCCAAUGUAGUGGAAUGUGAGGAGACUUUUGACAGGAUCUCACAGCUCACUGUCAACAAUGACAACGCCACCGACUCCGUGUGUGACUUGGAGGACUGCGAGGCUGUUAUCAGCCUCGACAGGAUGUCGCCAUUCACACCCAAUGGAUUACAUUAACCCCCUGCCUCCUCACCAUGCGUUAUUGGAUGUACUGGUGGUCACUUUAUUGUUCCAUUCUCAUCCUGGCAGGUCAAAAAUUCCAUUUCUGUGUGCACCGUAAGGUGUUUUCUAAAGCGUUCAAGGUCACACUCCAUUCCAUUGUAACCCUAAAGUCACCUUUUUUUCUGAGUGUGCUUGAUUCUAUGACUUGCUCAUGGACACUUGGGGCAGGACGGUUGUGUCUGCGCCCACCCGGCCAGACUGCUGCCGCUUUGCCUCAUGUGUGAUGUAAUGUUGUUGUACUGGGGAAAACAAAAAUAAUUGGUGUCUAUUUCCAUGACCAGUGAAGUCUGUGUUGAUUUGUUCAGAGAGUCAGUGUCGUUUGAACCAAUGUCUUUCUCUAAUGUAUGACCAAUGUAGAAAGUGGAAAUAUUUCUAAAGAGCACUAAUCAUUUAUAUAUCUAUAAAAAAAUAGAAUAAGAAAAAUGGAGGAAAUUCAUAAAUCUGAUAUUUUUAGCAAACUUUUUAACUAAGAAGAUUUCCUAUUCUUACAUUUCAUAACCUUUGCUGCUUAAUACCAUUAGAUAGCUCGAACCUGUCUUUACACUGAGGGCUCUUUUUGUUGAUGGUGCAGCUGCGCUCAGUCAGAAAAAAAAUAGUGCAUCUUGAGUUUUGAACUUCAAUGUUUUCCUGUAUAUAGGACUUACUAAUAACAUGAUCAACUUUACUAUUAUUUGGCGUUUUUAAAAUCGGCUGUGUUCAUACCCAGAACAUUGCAAAAUACUUUAUUUAUUUAUUUAUUUAUUUAUUUAUUUAUCUAUUUGGCCGAAAAUACCAAAACCCAGUCUAGCCUGCCACUGUGCACAUUUUGACGACGCCUCGCACUGAGCAUGAAAACAGAGCCUUGAGCGUGAAAACUGAAGACAGCCUUACAGAAGAACCCGAACAAUUGAACCCAAUGCAGUCAUCAUCUCAGCGCCUUAUCAAAGAAUGAAAUGUGUUGCAUGGACUUCCAUGAUGCCAAAAUGCAGUAUUAAAGUGUUUACCUGUACCCACCCCAUGUGACUCCGGUAGGUCACCAUGGGGACUUAAUUGCAGUUUAAUUACAAACUUUGAUGGAGAAAUGUAUUAUUCAGUUGCACAGAACCGACAACGUCUCAAUUUAUAAUCGUGUCACCGAUUCAAAUGAAGCAGCAGAAUCAAGGGUAGCUGUCAUGUGAGCUAUUGAACAUAACAAUCAUAUGCUGGGUUGAACAGACUAUCCAAUAUGACCAAUGAUUCCAAAUCACUAAUAUGUACAGUACAGUAAGUCAGACCAAAUGGAUGACAUAAGCAAGGCGCCUGGGCCAGUGCAACAGGAUGUCAUAGAAACUCUUCUCCAUCAUUGUAUUGUAUAGCUGACUUGAAUGUAUAUUAAAGUGAACUGUGUCAUUAUUUGCGGAAUAAAACGCUAACACACUGAAA